UGUAGACCCGAUUAUUCAUUCGCUCUUCUCUUUGGAUUGCUACCGUGGAGACUUGGACUAAUCUCGCUAUUUCUACUGUAAAGAUAUUAACUAUGGCCUGUGGAGGAUAUGAUGCAGUUUUUGAUACCGAAAUUGACAAGAAAUACACGUGUCCUGUCUGUUUAGCUGUGUUACGGGACGCAGUUCAAACCCACUGUGGUCAUAGAUUCUGUAGUUUGUGUAUAGCUAAUGUAGUGGGUAACAGACCAUCAGCACGGUGCCCUGUAGAUAACACGUUAUUUAUUGUUGCUACCCAAUUAUUUGAAGAUAAUGCUAUAAGACGAGAGAUUUUAUCAUUCACAACUAAAUGUUGUUACUGUGUGGAUGGCUGUCAGUGGAAUGGUGAACUAAGGGAUUAUGAGGAUCAUGUCGUGAACUGUGUUUAUCGUCCCGUGGAAUGUACAUACAACUGUGGAGAUUUUAUAACUUUCUACAGCCUACAGGAUCACCUACUGGUCUGCCCACGUCGUCCAGUCAUCUGCCCACACUGCGAGGAGUAUGUUAUUCAUGACGAUAUGACCAAACAUCAACUACUGUUAUGCCUAAAGAUCCCAGUGGUCUGUACUCUGUGUGGAAGAUCUGGUAUAUCAAGGGAGAGCAUUGCUCAACACGUUGAUAUUAAAACCGGUGAUUGUCCAAACAUCUUUGUUAUAUGUAAAUUUCUGGCAGUUGGCUGUCACUUUGAGGACCGCAGAGCCUACAUGAGCAACCAUUACGCCGAUAACCUUGAGGAACACCUUUCUCUAAUGUUAUCCAGCUCCAAGAAAAAUGACGAAAAGAUCGCAGAAUACCAGAAUAUUGUCCAAGAACAACGCAGUCUCAUCAAAGAACAAAGUAAAACAAUCGAGCAGUUGAAAACCGAAAAUCGAACAGGUCAGGUUUAUUGGAACAUCCCCGUCACUACAAGAAUCCCUGAAACUACUCGUAAAAUAAUUUAUACCGGUAUCCCUGGUUACAAGAUCUGUCUGGAACUAGAUUUUAAUGGUCCUUCAGGAUGCAAUACAUGUGGCAAUGCCUUACUUUCAAUUUAUUUGUUGCCCGGUGUAAAUGAUGAUCAGAUGAUGUUUCCGUUUCGUCUGAAUUGCCGUGUUACAGUGUUUGCGGCGCAACAGCUUGGAUUGCCGACUGCGGCAUGCCUCAACUACACCUCUUCAUUCCGCUGUUCUGGACGCGCACCAGCUUCUGAAGCAGAUACUGAUUCUGACGACACAAAUGCCAUCCAUGUUCAAAAACUCAUGAAAACAAGUACUCUGUUGUCGAGUCAGUACAAAAAGAAUGGACAUAUUUAUAUGAAUGUUGAAGUAAAGCUCUAAAUAAUUAUAUGUUAUUAUAUAAUUUAUAAAUGCGAACUAAAACAUAUAAACAUCUGUUAUGUAGCUAAUUGCACUAAAAACAAAAGAGCUUGAUCGAUCAUGCAUGAAUGUUAAUUUUAAUCUUUUAUAAACUGGUCACUGAUGUGUUUAAACACAUAAACUGAUCACUGAUGUGUUUAAACACGGUAGCACAAUAUCAUUUUGUUAUGUUGUUGUUGAAAUGCACAUGUAAAUUAUCAU